AUCUGGGGAAUGUGGAUGGGAGACUUCCUUGUUGCAGCUGGGUGGAGACUAAUUAUGAGGCCAGCUUCUUUUCCUCACGCUUGCAUGUGAGCACAGUGUUGUGCACAGCAGGCACGGAGGGAGACACCAGAACCGAAAGAAGGAUCAUCAGGAGUGAACGUCUCUGCUGCUCAGAAUGCUUUACACCGAGUUACUGCGGCUCUGGAAUGAGUCUGUGCAGGCAAUGGAUGCUAGGGACUGGGAAGGAGCUCUGGCAAAGCUCAAGCAGAUCAGUGAACCGACUUCUCGCACACAUUUUAACGCCUCCUUGGCUCACCUGGCACUGGGCCAGCUGGACAUGGCUAUGAGGGCGUUAGACCUCACCAUUGCUAAGGAUGAGCGGCUUGCUGUUGCCUUCUUCCAGAGAGCGGCCGUGAUGAUGCAGAUUGACAGGUUGGAGGAGGCUCUGUCAGACUGUAUCUGGGCGCAGAAGCACAUGAGAGGGAAUGCUGUCAUUGACUACAGACAGCUGGGACUGAGAUACAAACUCUACAGUUGGCAGGUAUUAUAUAAUGCAGCAGCUGUGUAUUGUCGGAUGGGCCAAUGGCAGCAAGCCAUGGACGUCCUGCUGUCAGCCACUCAGGCGAGAGGACAAGGACGAGGGGGAAAUAUUGAGGUGGCUUUGAACAGCAUUGAAAGGAGGGAGGUCCUGAAUCCUCUGCUGGUACCAGAGGGGUUGGUGUUUCGUCCCAGGAAACAGGAAAUUGAGCAACUGCAGCAAAAAGACUUCCUGGGGAAAGCAAAGGUGAUUUCUUCUAUGUUUCCUAAUGAUGAUUUUGGAGGCUUUGAACCUCUGAGACACCAGAAACCUGGUUUCUAUGAACCCAAGACAGAUGAAGCUCAGGUGUCCCGAUACAUGCGUGUGCGAGCUCCUUACAUGGCUUGGGGCCCAGGACAGCUGACUGUGCCCGGAGGGGCCAAGGUGUUUUUAUUUGGAGAGGAGGACAGAAAUGGAAUGAUAAAUGUCAUACAUGAUGGACAGAGAGGACUCCUGCCAGUGUCACUUCUCGAACCUGCAGAUUUCAAGAAAUCCAAGAACAAAAAGGAGAAUCUCUUUCCCAGUGGGAUCCCUCUCCCACCAGAACUCAAGCCACCGAGCCGCCCACAGACAGAACCAAUCUCGCCAGCUCCUCCUCGAGUGAGACUAUCCACAGAUACCCCAGCUCCAUCCCACAAUAUUUCCACCCACACACCGCCACCAGCCUCAGGGCCCCCCAGAUACACAGCCAACGCAAUGAGCAACCAGCAGACUGGUUCUGAUCAGGGAGCAGAGGCAGGAUCUGUGGUGGUGAAGGUCCACUACACCUACAACAUAGCUCUGUCUGUCCCACUGGACACACCAUACCAUGAACUGAAGGAACAAAUUGCAGAGAAAGUGGGUCAUCCAGCAUCUCAGCUGCGGCUCAGACAUAAACAGCAUGGGUCCCGAGUGCUGAAGCCUCUGCCCGAAGAGAUGGAGCUGAAUCACAUUGUGCAGGAAGUGGCUGAGGUUGGCAGAGUCACCCUGUGGUGCCAGAGGGAAGACCCACUGGGAAACCAUAACAUUCUCUACCAGAUGGUGGCGCUGUAUGACUAUGAUGCCCAGGGCCCGGAGGAUUUAGAAUUCAGUGAAGGAGAUACCAUUGAUGUCCUGAGUGAAGUCAACGAGGAAUGGCUGGAGGGACACUGUGCAGGGAAUAUCGGCAUCUUCCCAUGUUGCUUCGCCUACAGGGAAAACGACAGCCUCAUUCAGGACUCAGAGUACUGAAAGCAGAAGUGGGUCGUUGCAGUCAUCUCUUAAUAAACCAGUGCAUCUGUUAAAGGCCUUACAGACAACAAAACACCAUGUACUGGUUUCAUGUUGAUUUAAAUUAUUUAUGCCUAACAUUGUAUUACUUCCAACUGCCACUGCCUCUGUAAUCCCUGGAGUUAACAAUGAACCUCUACAUCUUUAAACUCAGUCUACUUAGCUUGUCAGGAGGAAACAUAUAUACUAUAUAUACUCUGGAAAGCAGACAGACCCCACAUAUCUGUGCCUGCUCCAUGAACCCUGAGGGAAAAUACAUUAUUCUCAUAUCAAUGAUCAUGAAGAGUAUGUUUAUAUUAAAGUAAAACUAAAAUCACUAUACAUUUUAUCUCAGUUUUUUGCUAUAUGAACCAUAACUGUAAAGUAUUUAGAUGUUUGUCUUUUUCUGAAAAAAUGAAACAUGUCUGAUAUACUUUACUGUGUCUCUUCUAAAAUGUAAACAUUCUAGUCUGUUGCACUCUUACUGAACAUUACUUUGUGAAUUAUAAUCAAAUUAAUUAUACAUACAAAUAAGGCUUAGAUGGCUGUAAUGAAGGAAGAAGAAAGCCAACUUGCAAUUUUUCUCACUAGAAAGUCUGUGGUGGGAGCCUAAGAUUAGGGUGAUGGCUUGGAGCUCUUCACAAAGGAUAAAUUAUCAAAAUACUAGUGGGAACAUGCAUAAGGCUGUUCAGCAAUUAUAAGAAGGGUUUGAUUGCUGUAAUGCCAGUAAAGUUUUUUCCAUUGAUUUUUGACAUGCCAUAUGUAAAUAAAAAUAGAUAUGUUGUGUGUUUCAAAUGUGACUCACCUUUACAGUUUUGAGAGAUGCCGUUCUCAUUUCUUGUCAAUAACACAUUGAGUUUCUUUCACAAGAACUUAGGGGCUGAACCCAACUCUUGAAAAAUAGCCCCACAUAAAUCUCCCUUCCCCAUACACGAUGCAAUGCACACAAUGCAGCCUGGAAUCUUUGCUCACUACCAUGCUGGAGCUCCUGAGUGUGAUCUCUUCUUUCACCACUGUCUUCAUGCCUAGGUGCUGCAUUUUAUACACCUGUUUGCCAUAGUGGUGAUUGGUACACACAAAUUCAAUUACUCAGAGGGGGUAUUUAAUACUUUUGGGCAUAUUGUGAAUAUAUGUGUGUACAGGUACAGUCAAGCCAAAAUUACUCGUAGUCCUGGCAGAUAUGGAUUUCAUUCAACCAAGAAGAUUGUUUCUGUGAGGAAUUGGCAUCAUUCAAAAGAUGACACAACAAUGUAAAAUGAGUUUCAGUUUUGGAAAAUGUCUGUUCUUUUUAACAUUUUGUUAAAAAAUGACAUGUUGAAAAACCCUCCUUAAUGAUUAUGGGCAAAUAUUAUUUUUGGUGUUACACCAGUUGAACCCUUCUGACAAUUGCUAAAAAGCUUUUUGCAUUUUUCCACUGGUAUUAACAUGGGUUUUCUUUGAUGAUGAGCUCCAAGUCUUUGAGGUUGGAAAGCCUCUUUACCUUGUGUUGCCUCUUGUGUUGCUUUCUCCACAGAUUCACUUGCGGAUUCAAUUAUGGACUCUAGCUGGGCCUCUACAAAAUGUUAAUAUACUUUAAUAUUACACAUAACCAUUUCUCAUCCCCUAAAUUUGGGGUUGAAAUUAUAUUUCAUCCCUACCUUGUGCCUAUUUCAAUGGUUGUUUGGUUAGAAUGGUUCUUAGAAAAGCAUCAAAGUGGGAAAACUGGUUUGAGAUGAUGGAAAAGCAACAGUAGCUCAAAUACUCAGUCAUUAGGCUUAAAAAGAGAAAUUUAGGCUACAGUUCACACUGGCUCACCAAAACUGACAACGGAUUGGAAAAAACCUCUCUGGUCCUGCCUUGUGUUAGUGAUUCAGGCUGGUGGUGGUGGUAUAAUGGUGUGAAGACUAUUUUCUUGACACACGGGGCUUUAAUACCAGUUGAAGAAUUGAGACUGUUCUGAAAAUGGGGUCCGACCAAAUACUAAGUAAAUUGCACCUAAUAAAUUUGGGGUGGAUGUAUAUUCCAUCCUUACCUUGUGACUAUUUGAAUUAAGUCUCUACAUGUCAGCAUGAACAUCAAUGAUGGGAAUAACGGCGUUAAAAUAAAUGAUGUUUCUACGGCAUUACUUUUUUUAGUAAUCAAACGAUUUACUUUUUCCAUCGUUACAACAGCGUACCAUUACCGACAAUUAAAUGGGGUGAGUUAUAAACUAAAGCUGCUCAUUGAAGCUCUUAUCAGCUGUUGUGGCUCAAAGCCAGAGGAGCUAAGGUUUUUUUCUUUUUGGUGAAGGGAGGAGUGAGGGGUGAGAUAAUUGCAUAAGUGAUGAUGAUUGGCUAAGGUAGAGUAAGUUUUCAUGGUAAGCCAAUCAGAGGCAGUGUUCAGUUUAAACACAAACCACAAACAUACACAGCAGCCCUGCUCAGGCAAACUAGCAGAUGUAAGCUGCUACAGUGCUGGGUCUGAAGGGAAAGACUGCGUUUUCAAAUUGGAAGUACAGACACUACUUUAUUCUCCUUGAGGUAAAAGGCAAGAACAUACAUGUGAAGUAAAUAUUAAAAGUUCGGUGUAAGUACUUGUAUAUGUAAUUCCACUUUAUGCAACUGGCUUGUGAAACCCUAGAAAAAAAUCUAAAUUCAUAGAGAUAUUUAAACUUAAAGUUACGCAGUAGUUACUUUCCCAGUUAACUAGUUACUUUUACAGUGGAGUAACUCAGUUACUAACUCAGUUACUUUUUGGCAGAAGUAACUAGUAAAUAUAACUAAUUACUUUUUUUAAGUAACAUGCCCAACACUGAUGAUCAUUACAUGCAACACCUCCCUCGUGCAGGAGAAGUUUUCUUGUUAUGUCAUUAACAUCCUGCAAAGAAAAUGUCAGGUGCUUUUAGCUGCCAUCACAAAUGUUAGAUAUAAAAAAACUGCUGGUCAGAGUUGCUGAGAGCUCCACCUAAAAGGCUUACGAAACAGAGGCCUCUAAUUACUGCACUUCUUUCCUGAGGCAACAGAAUCAGCGCCCACGCUCUCCUGCCACAGCCGCAGGUAGAGGGGCAGAAUUCAGUGGGAGUUGCAUUACCUCCAUGGACUGAGGUAAAGCCGCCUGUUAAAAGAAGAUUCUGUCCAUAAAGAGACAAGUACGUUUAGAUCUCCUGAAAGACACCCUGAUAUAAGCCACACCAAGCAUUGUAUGUUUUAGGCAUGUAAAGCAAAACUCAAAUUUAGAUAUGACUGUUUUGCUUUUCUUAUGAAUAAAAGAAAACUGAUUGAAUAAAGGCACAAAUGAAACACCAGUAUAAUUUUCGUCUGUGCUGUGUAUCCAGAGAGGUCCGCCUGGGUUUUUAGAUAGCCAUGUUUUUACUAAUGGCAAUUUUACAAUCAAAUAUAUCCUGCUGCAUUUUGUUAGAAUUUGAGUGAGUUGGAUGGUACAAAAUGUGGUUAGAAUUGACAUAAUUUUGACUGAACUGGGUUCUAUGUAAGUAAACCUAUUUAUCCUUAAAAGUGCCUAAAAUUAUAUGUGUUAAUUGGUCUUAUAUGAAUAAACUGUAUUGAAAUUGAAA